GAUUAGCAAUUAAAAAGCGAGCGAGCAGGCGCGGCCGAGGCGCGAGGCCACCCGCAGGCCGAGCGGGCAGGGACGCGCCGGGCAGCCGCGCUCCGAAGCAGCCCCGCGCGGCGCCCGAGGGGAGCCGGCGCCCAGCUCGCGGCCAUGGAGAAGGCGCGGCCGCUGUGGGCCAACCCGCUGCAGUUCGUCUUCGCCUGCAUCUCGUACGCCGUGGGCCUGGGCAACGUGUGGCGCUUCCCCUACCUGUGCCAAAUGUACGGCGGAGGGAGCUUCCUGGUGCCCUACAUCGUGAUGCUGAUGGUAGAGGGCAUGCCUCUCCUGUACCUGGAGCUGGCAGUGGGGCAGCGCAUGCGGCAGGGCAGCAUCGGUGCCUGGAGGACCAUCAGCCCCUACCUUGGUGGUGUUGGCCUGGCCAGCGUGGUGGUGUCCUUCUUCCUGUCCACGUACUAUAACAUCAUCAACGCCUGGGCCUUCUGGUACCUCUUCCACUCCUUCCAGGAUCCCCUGCCGUGGUCCGUGUGCCCGCUGAAUGACAACCACACGGGCUAUGACGAGGAGUGUGAGAAGGCAUCCUCCACGCAGUACUUCUGGUACAGGAAAACCCUCAACAUCUCCCCGUCCAUCCAGGACAGUGGGCACGUGCAGUGGGAGCCGGCGCUCUGCCUCAUCCUGGCCUGGCUGGUGGUGUACCUGUGCAUCCUGCGGGGCACCGAGUCCACCGGCAAGGUGGUAUACUUCACCGCGUUGCUGCCUUACUGUGUGCUCGUCGUCUACCUGGUCAGGGGCCUCACGCUCCACGGAGCCACCAACGGCCUGGCGUACAUGUUCACGCCCAAGCUAGAGCAGCUGGCCAACCCCAAGGCCUGGAUCAACGCGGCCACGCAGAUCUUCUUCUCCCUGGGCCUGGGCUUCGGCAGCCUGAUCGCCUUCGCCAGCUACAACGAGCCAUCCAACGACUGCCAGAAGCACGCCAUCAUUGUGUCCCUCAUCAACAGCUCCACCUCCGUCUUCGCCAGCAUCGUGACCUUCUCCAUCUACGGCUUCAAGGCCACCUUCAACUACGAGAGCUGCUUGAACAAGGUGAUUCUGCUGCUGACCAAUUCUUUUGACCUGGAAGAUGGCUUUCUGACAGCCAGCAACCUGGAGCAGGUGAAGGGCUACCUAGAGUCCACCUUCCCCGACAAAUACAGCGAGGUGCUCCCGCAAAUGAAAAACUGCAGCUUGCAGUCAGAGCUGGCCACGGCGGUCCAGGGCACUGGCCUGUCUUUCAUCGUCUAUACCGAGGCCAUUAAAAACAUGGAGGUGUCCCAGCUGUGGUCGGUGCUCUACUUCUUCAUGCUGCUGAUGCUGGGCAUUGGGAGCAUGCUGGGGAACACGGCGGCCAUCCUCACGCCUCUGACCGACAACAAGGUCAUCUCCAGCCACCUGCCCAAGGAGGCCAUCUCCGGUCUGGUGUGCCUCGUCAACUGUGUCAUCGGCCUGGUGUUCACCAUGGAGGCCGGCAACUACUGGUUCGACAUAUUCAAUGACUACGCUGCCACACUGUCCCUGCUGCUCAUCGUCCUGGUGGAGACCAUCGCCGUGUGUUACGUGUACGGGCUGCGGAGGUUUGAAGGUGACCUUAAGGCCAUGACUGGCCGCACCCUGAACUGGUACUGGAAGGCCAUGUGGGCCGGCGUGAGCCCACUGCUCAUCAUCAGCCUCUUUGUCUUCUACCUGAGUGACUACAUCCUCACGGGGACCCUGCAGUACCAAGCCUGGGACGCCUCCCAGGGUCAGCUUGUGACCAAGGAUUACCCCCCAUACGCCCUGGCCGUCAUCGGGCUGCUGGUGGCCUCCUCCAUCAUGUGCAUCCCCCUGGUGGCCCUGGGGACUUUCAUGGGGCGCUGCCUCAAGCGGGGAGACACGCCCCCCGUGGCCUGAGGACUGGGCUUCCGAGAGACCGUGGUCGGCUGCUCCCUGCCCUGCAGCUACGAUUUACAGGCGGCAUCUCCUUUGGCUGCUUGUAAAAAUAUUUGCUCCAGAAAUACUCAGCCCGUCGUCUUCCUGAGUCCAUCGAGAAUUGUGGAGGAAGACGGCUCCCUCGGGAGGACCCACACCCCGCCCGCGGAGUGGGCCCUGCUCCCCUCUGCGUCCCCCCAAGGUCGCCCCGUGCUGCCUCCUUGUCACUAGAAAUGCGGGCUUUUCAAGGCCAGUCUUGAAGACAAUCACUUUCUUGACUCUAGGGAAGUCCUAGGAUUAGGACACACUG